AUGGCCGCCGGGGAGGAGGAUGGCUGGCGCGGGGAGGCGCCGAGGCCGCCGUCAAGCAUUGCCCCUGCCACCGCCGUCCAGGGCUGCCCCGAGCACCGUCGCUGCUGUCCCAAGCUGCCGGCGAGCGCGGCCCCCACCCUCGUCGUCCCGAGCCGCCGUCGAACACCGCCCCCACCCCCGCCACCGCCGUCCCUGGCCGCCCCCGAGCACCGCCCCUGCUGUCUUGGGCCGCCAGCGAGCGCCGACCCCGCCCUGUCCCGCGCCACCUGCUCCGCACCACCGCCGGCGGUCCCGCGCACCACCCCAGCUCCCGCCAAGAGCUCCGCGCCGCCCCCACCGCUUGCUCUGCGCCCCGCCGGUGGAUCCGCUUCGCUCCCGCUCCAGCUCGCAACUUACUACUCGAGAAGCGAGCAGAGGGAGGAAGGGGGCGCAGGUGGCCUGAGCCGAAGACCAUGCCCACGUCAUCGCCGGUGGCCGGGUUGA